AGCCGAUGUGCGCAUGCUCGGUAAGUGUGGGCGGGCCGUGCUCAUUUAACGGUGCCGCCCGCGGGAGAAUUCGAAUUGUACUGCGAGAGCGCCAAAUAGAGCUGAUGGAGUCUUUGUGACUUUUCUGAGGCACGAAAUAAUACAACAUGGCAAAACGUGAAGCUUUUCUACAGACUGUUUUUAAUGGUCCCAGUGAUGAGUUCCUGCAUUUUAUCCAACUUCACAAGGAUGCAGCUGAUCCAUUUGAUCUGAAUGAGUUGUUUCAAGAAUUAUCUAGGAAGCAGAAGGAAGCGUUAUGGGAGAAGUUAACACAGUUGUUGGGACAAGUUUUGGUGGAAGAUCCAAUAGAAGAAUGGCAGAGAGUUGGAGAAGAAUGCGAUGACGACAUGGAAAUUGAGAGAGCUGCUAAAAGGGAACAAACCAAAGCUGUGAUCCAAGGUGUGACCACUGUAGUUACUACUUCCAUACCCACGUUAGAUGAAAAUGUAAACUUCAAAGCUCUUUUUGAGUGUGCUCUGAUAUUAAAUGGCAUUCUGUAUGCAUUACCUGACUCUGAGAAAUCUUUGCUGGGAGCCAUCCAGCGCCUCUGUGAGCGGUGGUGGGAGAAGGGUCUGGAAGGAAAAGAACAGUUUGGGAAAACUGCUUUCAUUAUGCUUCUGAAAAACAAUCUUGAAAAGAAAACUGUUGUGGGUGCGGAUAUAAUCCGUCUAUGGCAUCUUCACCGGGCAUUACUGUGUUUUGACUAUGACUUGGAGGAGAGUAACGAAGUGAAAGAUUUAUUACUUCGGUGUUUUAUGAGUGUUGGGCAUAUUAAAAAAGAAGAGGGGAGAAGAUUCCUGAGUUUUCUUUUCACAUGGAAUGUAAACUUCAUUAAAAUGAUACAUGGGACUGUUAAAAAUCAACUGCUGUGUUUUCCUAGGUCCCUGAUGACACACAUUGCUGAAGUUUAUUUCAGAGCCUGGAAGAAAGCUUCAGGGGAGAUACUGGAGGUGAUUGAACACAAUUGCAUUCAGGAUUUCAUGCAUCAUGCAAUUCAUCUUCCCAGGAACUCUCCAUUACAUCCUAAAGUGCGAGAGUUUUUGAGCUAUUUCCACAAACAAAAUAAAUGUCGCCAGGGAGUUGAAGAAGUUCUUUAUAGACUUUAUCAACCAAUACUUUGGAGAGCGCUGAAGGCCAGAAACUCAGAAGUCCGAUCAAAUGCAGCAUUGCUAUUUGUUGAUGCAUUUCCCAUUCUUGAUCCAUCUUUUAAUAAAGAAGAUAUGGAAAAUGAAAUCCAAAGGCAAUUUGAUGAACUAUUUAGUCUCUUAGAAGAUCCUCAACCUCUAGUCCGCUCAACAGGCAUACUUGGUGCUAGUAAAAUAGCAUUCAAAUAUUGGGAGAUGAUUCCUGCAACGGUGCUUGCUGACCUCUUAAAAACUCUAAUUGAAGAUCUUGCUUUUGAUGCAACCUCAGCUGAUGUUCGAUGCUCUGUUUUUAAAUGCUUGCCUAUAAUUUUGGACAACGUACUAAGCCACCCAUUAUUAGAACAGCUCCUGCCAGCCCUGAAAUACAAUCUCCAUGACAAUUCAGAGAAAGUUAGAGUGGCUUUCGUUGAUAUGUUGCUGAAAAUUAAGUCUGUCAAGGCUGCUAAGUUUUGGAAAAUCUGUCCUAUUGAGCAUCUCUUAACUCGCCUUGAGAUCGAUUCACGGCCUGUGUCCCGGCGCCUAGUAAAUCUUCUGUUCAGCUCUUUCAUGCCCAUUGAUCAGCUGGAAGAAGUGUGGUGUGAGCGCUGUGUGGCACUUAUCCAAAUGAACCCAGCGGCAGCUAGAAAGUUCUACCAGUAUGCUUAUGAGUACACUAGCCCAACCAACAUAGCUAAAUUGAUGCUUACCAUUCAGAGCUGUUUGAACGCCUGUAUCCAGCAGGGAUUAAAGGCAUCCAACGGUGAUGAUGAAGACAGUGAGAAAGAAAACAUGAGUGUUCCAAAUAAUGUAUUGUCCAUUGAUGACAUACCUUCUAUGGCAGGCUUACUUGAAGUUAUUGUAAUUCUGUGGAGAAGCAUUCGUAAAGCACUUGAUCGCAAUGAAGGAGCCAAAAACCACAUUGUCCGAAAAUUUGCUUCUGUACUAUCUGAGUAUUUAAAAGUAUUUAAGGAUGAUCGUUGUGUCUCUCCAAUAAUUGUCCUUGCAUCUUUCAUGUCACCCACUUCUAUUCCUACAUUCAGUUGUGGUGUGGUCUCUAAACUGAAGAAUCUGGAAAAUGGUGCCACUGAAAACAAAUACUCUACCCUGCUUGAUUGUCUGUGUCGCUGGGGAAAAGUGGGACAUGUUCUUGAUUUAAUCUAUGAUUGGAUAACAGUCGAGCCAACCCAGCGAGAGAGUAGCGGCACUUCUAAACGACGUGUACUUAUCCAAGAGACACACGAGUCAAAACCGGAAUUGGCACUUGAUUAUAUAGAGUAUUUGUUGACUCAUUAUAUGAAUCGGGAUUGUCUUCUGUCACUCCCCAAACAGAAGCUGAAUGAUCUUUUGAAAGCUCUUGAAGCCGCAAAGGAUGUUCUAGACCCUUAUAUUAGAGAAACGGAUGCAAGGUGUCCCUUUUACCAAGCAACUACACUUAGAGCCUUCAGUCUGUAUUGCAGAUUAAAUAUACAUCUUCAGUAUAAGUUUGCCUCUGAAGGACAGGAGUACCUGUCAGCUUUGGAGAAAACAGGGUCUUGGAUUGAAAAUAGCAUUCUGCCUGCUUUUUUAAUAGAUGAACAGGAGGGCAACUUGAAGCAGUCCAGUGAAAUCUCUCAGCUGGUGAUUCAGACUUAUCUGACAGUGUGCAAAGAUCUCAUAGCUGUUGGUCUUGGUGAUUCAGAGUUUCAAGUACACCUUCUGAAUGUGGUCGUUGUCAUCCUGCACACAGAUAGAGGCCACGUUUUCCUUCCAAUGAUACUCUCCAUCCUGAGAGAGGUGGUGGAAGCUUCUUUAGCCCAUAACACUGAUAGCAGCGCCUGGGUGGAACUUUUUGACAAUAUUCAGAAGAUAUUCCAGAAAAUUCUAGAAUGUAUGGCACUCAGACUCAGAAGACAGCGAGAAGAGGGGAUUCAGUUAAUUCAGUCUGUUCAGGAGCCUCUUGGAGAAUUUGUACAUGCCAUCCAGUGUUGUACUUUAACUUGUCCAGCUGUUCACCAUGGAGUCCUUUCUUCUCUGCUAGCUGCAGCAGUAGUAGAGAUAGGUUACACCUUACAACAAAAGGCAUCCCACCCAAAAGAGCUCACUCCACCUAAGACUUUUUCAGACCUUCCCCCACUUUCAAGCAUUUUAAUGGCAAUAGUAAAUAAGUCAGCAAAUGUGGUUCGAUCUUUUUUAAAGGAGUUAAUGGAAUCCAUUGAGUCUGAAGAAAUUGAAGGAAUUAUUAGCGUUACAGCAACUGUAUACAUUGUUGCUUUAAUUAAAGGUAGGCAUAAGCCAUCAUAUGUAAAGGAUAUAGCAUCUGCCCUUCAGAGGAAGCUAACAUCAUAUAGCGAGAUUAUCAAGGAAGAUGGUAGCUGCAUGCAAAGAACCCUCUAUGAAAUGGCUUUGCAUGUUUUGGAUGAAAUUCUAAGUCCUUGACCACAUAACUAUUUAUAUGAGCUAAGGAAACAGUGAAGAAGAUGUAUUCAACGCUUCCAAAGAGAGUCAAACUACUUAACUGCACAGUGCUUUGCCCUGAGCAUGAAAAAUUGUUUUUUAUUGGUGCUUCCUUGUAAUGUGGCUGUGACUGCUGGAAUAUGCAAUAUUUAAAAACAAAAAUCAAAAUUGUACAUUUGUAUCGUAAGAAUUAUGACAAAACAUUUGUUAAAUGCUAAAAUAUUUCUGACCAUUGUAUCCUUUGUAACUUGUAUCCUUGAGUUACCUUUUGUAUAUAUUUAAAAGAGUUCUUUUGAAUAACAUCCAGAUCUUUAUAUUAAAUCUCUAUGUGAACUGCACCAUGUCUGUUCAGUACCAACAUAUUUCACAUAAUGUAACUAUUAAGUAAGAAAUGCUGUAACUUAUGUUUUUAAUAUGGUAUUUCACACACCUUUAUUGAAUACUGAGUAAUCCUUUCUGGAAGGCAAUGUGAUCACCAAUAAAGAUAGGUACUUCUGCUGACUUA